AUGUCAAAACUCUACAUCUCCUACAACAUCGUGCACAAACUCUGCCAGCAGGCGGCGCAGGAAAUCAAAGCUUUGGGCCAGCUGGUGGACCUCAUUGUGGCAAUUGGAGGCGGCGGUUUCAUCCCAGCCAGAAUCCUCCGUUCCUUCUUGAAAGAAGAAGGCAAGAAGAACAUCCCCAUCCAGGCCAUCGGGCUUUCGUUGUACGAGCAGAUGGGCGACGAGGAGAAGAUCGGCAAGGAGGUGGUGAGAACACAGUGGUUGGAUUUCGGCAGCUUGGGCCAGCACAUGGAUAUGCUUAUUGGCAAGAAUGUGAUUAUUGUCGAUGAGGUGGAUGAUACCAGAACCACGUUGCACUAUGCGGUGACCGAGUUGGAGAGGGAUGUGAGAGAGAUCGAGGAGAAGACGGGGAAGCAGGGCACGACGAAGUUCUCUGUGUUUGUGCUUCACAACAAGCGCAAGGAGAAGAGAGCAGAGCUUCCUGAGGAGUUCAGGGAGAAGGGCAGGUACAUUGCCGGCACGGAUGUUGACGAUGUGUGGAUUGCUUAUCCGUGGGAUGCCAUUGACAUUGACGAGCACACGGAGGCUGCCAAGAAGCAGGGAAACUAUUAG